GCGGGCCAGGAUCUGUCUGAAAGUGAGCAGAGGCAUCCCUUGAUGGACGUCAAAGAAGAGGAGGGCGGAGAGGCCGGCCCACUGGGGAGAAGCUCCGUGUGGAAGAGGAUAACAUAUUCUGUUCCUGCAGCACCAGUACUGAGUGAUCAUCCAGGGCAAGGAAUGCAGAAAGAGACUCCCACCAUUCCCAAAUUAGGGGAAGUAUCAGAGGGGAGAGAAGUAGCCCCUCAUGUCCUCCAGGCUGCGAACUCCAGGGAAAUCCUGCGGAGGAGAACAGGACAUCCAAUGAAUCAGCCUGCAGGGGAGGGAUCCCUUUCCCUCAAGCUGUGGGACGUCCAGUGGCAGGAAUUCCUCAAGACAAUGGAGCCCUCUCACUCUCCAUGCAGGAUCCCCCCCUUGCCAGAGAAACCUUCACCCUGGGAGGAUGCCAAGGCCUUUCUGGCUGCCUUUGAGCAAGUGGCCGAGGCCUGUCGGUGGCCCCAGGAAGAGUGGGCGACCCGACUGCUGCCAGCCCUCAGUGGAGAUGCUGAGCAGGCCUUUAACAGUCUGGAUGUCAAAGACAGGAAGGAUUAUGGGAAGGUGAAGGCGGCCAUCUUGCACAGGGAAGCCUUGAACAGGGAGAAGCAGCGUCAGAAUUUCAGGCAUUUCUGCUAUCAGGAGGCCGAGGGGCCACAGGGGGCUUACAGACAACUAUGGGAAAUGUGCCGCGGAUGGCUGAGAGUGGAGAAUCGCAGCAAGGAGCAGAUCCUGGAGCUUUUGGUCCUGGAGCAGUUGCUGAGCGUCCUGCCCCCGGAGAUCCAGAGCCAGGUGAGGGAAAGUGGCCCUGAGAGCUGCUCCCAGGCGGUGGCCCUGGCCGAGGAGUUCCUCUUGAUGCAGGAAAAGCAGAUGCCCUUGGAGGAGGCAGCUGGGAAUGUCUCCAAGGCAGGCCAGGAUCUGUCUGAAAGUGAGCAGAGGCAUUCCUUGAUGGACAUCAAAGAAGAGGAGAGCGGAGAGGCCCGCCUGCUGGGGGAUGAUCAGCAGAACGAGGAAGAUGAGGAACUGCAUGGGUUAUCAUCUGUAAGAGUCGAGAAUCAAGGAUUGACAGGAAACUUCAAAAAUCUAGAUAGAGCAAAGGGAGAAGAAGGAAGUCACCUGUCUGAGAAGGGAGAUCAACCCUAUUUUUGCCAAGGAGGGUAUUUUUGUGAAGUAAUUCACACGGGGGAGGCAACAUACAAAUGCUUGGAGUGUGGAAUGGACUUCUCAAAUCAAGCCCAAUAUAAUACCCAUUUGCAAAAGAACAGUGGGGGAAAGUCCUGUAAAUGUCCCGAGUGUGGAAAGAGCUUUAUUUGCACAUCAGAGCUUCUUAGACAUCAAAGAAUCCAUACAGGGGAGAAAGUGUAUAUCUGCUCACCCUGUGGCAAGAGCUUCUCUCAUAAAGCAAACUUCAUCCUACAUCAAAGAAUUCAUAUGGAACAGAAGCAAUUUAUCUGCUCAGGGAGUGGAAAGAGUUUCUCUGAUGGAAAAAAGGGUAAUGUACACUUUCCAAAGCAUAGUAAUAUGAAGGCAUCGAAAUGCUUUCAGUGUGGAAAGUGCUUCAGAUACAAAUCUCAGCUCCUUGCACACCAAAGAACCCACACAGGGGAAAAACCUUUUCAAUGCUCAGAGUGUGGAAAGAAAUUCAUUAGAAGUUUUCAUCUUGAACGGCAUCAAAGAACCCACACAGGGGAGAAACCUUUUCAGUGCCCAGAGUGUGGAAAGAAAUUCAAUCAGAGUUGCAAUUUUCAACAGCAUCUAAGAACCCACACAGGGGAAAAACCUUUUCAGUGCUCAGAGUGUGGAAAGAGUUUCAAUUGGAUUGCCAACCUUUAUCGGCAUCAAAGAACCCACAGAGAGGGGAAACCUUUUGCAUGCUCAGAAUGUGGAAAGAGUUUCAAUUGGAGUGCCAAUCUUCAGUGGCAUCAAAGAAUCCACACAGGGGAGAAACCUUUUGAAUGCUCAGAGUGUGGAAAGAAAUUUAUUCAGAGUUGCCAUCUUGUACAGCAUCUAAGAGUCCACACGGGUGAGAAACCUUUUGAAUGCUCAGAGUGUGGAAAGAAAUUUAUUCAGAGUUGCCAUCUUGUACAGCAUCUAAGAGUCCACACGGGUGAGAAACCUUUUGAAUGCUCAGAGUGUGGAAAGAAAUUUAUUCAGAGUUGCCAUCUUGUACAGCAUCUAAGAGUCCACACGGGUGAGAAACCUUUUGAAUGCUCAGAGUGUGGAAAGAAAUUUAUUCAGAGUUGCCAUCUUGUACAGCAUCUAAGAGUCCACACGGGUGAGAAACCUUUUGAAUGCUCAGAGUGUGGAAAGAAAUUUAUUCAGAGUUGCCAUCUUGUACAGCAUCUAAGAGUCCACACGGGUGAGAAACCUUUUGAAUGCUCAGAGUGUGGAAAGGGCUUCAAGUUGAGUGGUGAUCUUCAUCGGCAUCAAAGAACCCAUACAGGGGAGAAAAGUUUUGCUUGCUCAGAGUGUGGAAAGAGCUUUGGUCGGUGUAGCAAUCUUCAACAGCAUGUAAGAACCCACACAGGUGAGAAACCUUUUGAAUGUUCAGAGUGUGGAAAG